AUGGCGACAGAAGUCAUUGUGCGCGAGUCGUCGCGCCGGCGAUAUAUCUGGCCCGAAGUACAACUGAAUCUGUGGAUAUUCAUCGUGUUGGCCGGGUCAUCUACAGUAUUGGGCAUCAAUGCGUGGUUCAUCGCCGUGCAGGAUCAAUUGCAGGUUGGAAUUCCUUGGUUAUUCCCCUUCGCCGUCAUCUGCGGCUCCCUCACGAUUGUCUUCCUCAUCAUCAUCCUCAUCCUCGCGGCACGCCGGUUACUCAUCCCGGGCAUCAUCCUCCUGGGCAGCUUCGUGCUCUUCGUGCUAUGGGUGACCACUCUAAUAGAGACGGCCAUUCAACUGUACGGCGACGGCAAUGUCAACGGCAAUUGUAACAACUUUGUCCAGAACCAAGAAUAUCACGGCGUCUCAAUAGAGACGCUGGCGUGGCUCACGCAGAGCAACAUCUGCGCGUGUUGGAAGGCCAGUUUUGCGUGGAGCAUAAUACUGGCCGUUUUGUUUCUGUGGAUGAUGAUCCUGAGUUGGCAGGUGCAGAACUACGAUUGA